AUGCAGAGGGCGAGCACAGCAUACCAGCAGAGGGAGACGGGGUCGACCAUGCAGAGGGCGAGCACAGCAUACCAGCAGAGGGAGACGGGGUCGACCAUGCAGAGGGCGAGCACAGCAUACCAGCAGAGGGAGACGGGGUCGACCAUGCAGAGGGCGAGCACAGCAUACCAGCAGAGGGAGACGGGGUCGACCAUGCAGAGGGCGAGCACAGCAUACCAGCAGAGGGAGACGGGGUCGACCAUGCAGAGGGCGAGCACAGCAUACCAGCAGAGGGAGACGGGGUCGACCAUGCAGAGGGCGAGCACAGCAUACCAGCAGAGGGAGACGGGGUCGACCAUGCAGAGGGCGAGCACAGCAUACCAGCAGAGGGAGACGGGGUCGACCAUGCAGAGGGCGAGCACAGCAUACCAGCAGAGGGAGACGGGGUCGACCAUGCAGAGGGCGAGCACAGCAUACCAGCAGAGGGAGACGGGGUCGACCAUGCAGAGGGCGAGCACAGCAUACCAGCAGAGGGAGACGGGGUCGACCAUGCAGAGGGCGAGCACAGCAUACCAGCAGAGGGAGACGGGGUCGACCAUGCAGAGGGCGAGCACAGCAUACCAGCAGAGGGAGACGGGGUCGACCAUGCAGAGGGCGAGCACAGCAUACCAGCAGAGGGAGACGGGGUCGACCAUGCAGAGGGCGAGCACAGCAUACCAGCAGAGGGAGACGGGGUCGACCAUGCAGAGGGCGAGCACAGCAUACCAGCAGAGGGAGACGGGGUCGACCAUGCAGAGGGCGAGCACAGCAUACCAGCAGAGGGAGACGGGGUCGACCAUGCAGAGGGCGAGCACAGCAUACCAGCAGAGGGAGACGGGGUCGACCAUGCAGAGGGCGAGCACAGCAUACCAGCAGAGGGAGACGGGGUCGACCAUGCAGAGGGCGAGCACAGCAUACCAGCAGAGGGAGACGGGGUCGACCAUGCAGAGGGCGAGCACAGCAUACCAGCAGAGGGAGACGGGGUCGACCAUGCAGAGGGCGAGCACAGCAUACCAGCAGAGGGAGACGGGGUCGACCAUGCAGAGGGCGAGCACAGCAUACCAGCAGAGGGAGACGGGGUCGACCAUGCAGAGGGCGAGCACAGCAUACCAGCAGAGGGAGACGGGGUCGACCAUGCAGAGGGCGAGCACAGCAUACCAGCAGAGGGAGACGGGGUCGACCAUGCAGAGGGCGAGCACAGCAUACCAGCAGAGGGAGACGGGGUCGACCAUGCAGAGGGCGAGCACAGCAUACCAGCAGAGGGAGACGGGGUCGACCAUGCAGAGGGCGAGCACAGCAUACCAGCAGAGGGAGACGGGGUCGACCAUGCAGAGGGCGAGCACAGCAUACCAGCAGAGGGAGACGGGGUCGACCAUGCAGAGGGCGAGCACAGCAUACCAGCAGAGGGAGACGGGGUCGACCAUGCAGAGGGCGAGCACAGCAUACCAGCAGAGGGAGACGGGGUCGACCAUGCAGAGGGCGAGCACAGCAUACCAGCAGAGGGAGACGGGGUCGACCAUGCAGAGGGCGAGCACAGCAUACCAGCAGAGGGAGACGGGGUCGACCAUGCAGAGGGCGAGCACAGCAUACCAGCAGAGGGAGACGGGGUCGACCAUGCAGAGGGCGAGCACAGCAUACCAGCAGAGGGAGACGGGGUCGACCAUGCAGAGGGCGAGCACAGCAUACCAGCAGAGGGAGACGGGGUCGACCAUGCAGAGGGCGAGCACAGCAUACCAGCAGAGGGAGACGGGGUCGACCAUGCAGAGGGCGAGCACAGCAUACCAGCAGAGGGAGACGGGGUCGACCAUGCAGAGGGCGAGCACAGCAUACCAGCAGAGGGAGACGGGGUCGACCAUGCAGAGGGCGAGCACAGCAUACCAGCAGAGGGAGACGGGGUCGACCAUGCAGAGGGCGAGCACAGCAUACCAGCAGAGGGAGACGGGGUCGACCAUGCAGAGGGCGAGCACAGCAUACCAGCAGAGGGAGACGGGGUCGACCAUGCAGAGGGCGAGCACAGCAUACCAGCAGAGGGAGACGGGGUCGACCAUGCAGAGGGCGAGCACAGCAUACCAGCAGAGGGAGACGGGGUCGACCAUGCAGAGGGCGAGCACAGCAUACCAGCAGAGGGAGACGGGGUCGACCAUGCAGAGGGCGAGCACAGCAUACCAGCAGAGGGAGACGGGGUCGACCAUGCAGAGGGCGAGCACAGCAUACCAGCAGAGGGAGACGGGGUCGACCAUGCAGAGGGCGAGCACAGCAUACCAGCAGAGGGAGACGGGGUCGACCAUGCAGAGGGCGAGCACAGCAUACCAGCAGAGGGAGACGGGGUCGACCAUGCAGAGGGCGAGCACAGCAUACCAGCAGAGGGAGACGGGGUCGACCAUGCAGAGGGCGAGCACAGCAUACCAGCAGAGGGAGACGGGGUCGACCAUGCAGAGGGCGAGCACAGCAUACCAGCAGAGGGAGACGGGGUCGACCAUGCAGAGGGCGAGCACAGCAUACCAGCAGAGGGAGACGGGGUCGACCAUGCAGAGGGCGAGCACAGCAUACCAGCAGAGGGAGACGGGGUCGACCAUGCAGAGGGCGAGCACAGCAUACCAGCAGAGGGAGACGGGGUCGACCAUGCAGAGGGCGAGCACAGCAUACCAGCAGAGGGAGACGGGGUCGACCAUGCAGAGGGCGAGCACAGCAUACCAGCAGAGGGAGACGGGGUCGACCAUGCAGAGGGCGAGCACAGCAUACCAGCAGAGGGAGACGGGGUCGACCAUGCAGAGGGCGAGCACAGCAUACCAGCAGAGGGAGACGGGGUCGACCAUGCAGAGGGCGAGCACAGCAUACCAGCAGAGGGAGACGGGGUCGACCAUGCAGAGGGCGAGCACAGCAUACCAGCAGAGGGAGACGGGGUCGACCAUGCAGAGGGCGAGCACAGCAUACCAGCAGAGGGAGACGGGGUCGACCAUGCAGAGGGCGAGCACAGCAUACCAGCAGAGGGAGACGGGGUCGACCAUGCAGAGGGCGAGCACAGCAUACCAGCAGAGGGAGACGGGGUCGACCAUGCAGAGGGCGAGCACAGCAUACCAGCAGAGGGAGACGGGGUCGACCAUGCAGAGGGCGAGCACAGCAUACCAGCAGAGGGAGACGGGGUCGACCAUGCAGAGGGCGAGCACAGCAUACCAGCAGAGGGAGACGGGGUCGACCAUGCAGAGGGCGAGCACAGCAUACCAGCAGAGGGAGACGGGGUCGACCAUGCAGAGGGCGAGCACAGCAUACCAGCAGAGGGAGACGGGGUCGACCAUGCAGAGGGCGAGCACAGCAUACCAGCAGAGGGAGACGGGGUCGACCAUGCAGAGGGCGAGCACAGCAUACCAGCAGAGGGAGACGGGGUCGACCAUGCAGAGGGCGAGCACAGCAUACCAGCAGAGGGAGACGGGGUCGACCAUGCAGAGGGCGAGCACAGCAUACCAGCAGAGGGAGACGGGGUCGACCAUGCAGAGGGCGAGCACAGCAUACCAGCAGAGGGAGACGGGGUCGACCAUGCAGAGGGCGAGCACAGCAUACCAGCAGAGGGAGACGGGGUCGACCAUGCAGAGGGCGAGCACAGCAUACCAGCAGAGGGAGACGGGGUCGACCAUGCAGAGGGCGAGCACAGCAUACCAGCAGAGGGAGACGGGGUCGACCAUGCAGAGGGCGAGCACAGCAUACCAGCAGAGGGAGACGGGGUCGACCAUGCAGAGGGCGAGCACAGCAUACCAGCAGAGGGAGACGGGGUCGACCAUGCAGAGGGCGAGCACAGCAUACCAGCAGAGGGAGACGGGGUCGACCAUGCAGAGGGCGAGCACAGCAUACCAGCAGAGGGAGACGGGGUCGACCAUGCAGAGGGCGAGCACAGCAUACCAGCAGAGGGAGACGGGGUCGACCAUGCAGAGGGCGAGCACAGCAUACCAGCAGAGGGAGACGGGGUCGACCAUGCAGAGGGCGAGCACAGCAUACCAGCAGAGGGAGACGGGGUCGACCAUGCAGAGGGCGAGCACAGCAUACCAGCAGAGGGAGACGGGGUCGACCAUGCAGAGGGCGAGCACAGCAUACCAGCAGAGGGAGACGGGGUCGACCAUGCAGAGGGCGAGCACAGCAUACCAGCAGAGGGAGACGGGGUCGACCAUGCAGAGGGCGAGCACAGCAUACCAGCAGAGGGAGACGGGGUCGACCAUGCAGAGGGCGAGCACAGCAUACCAGCAGAGGGAGACGGGGUCGACCAUGCAGAGGGCGAGCACAGCAUACCAGCAGAGGGAGACGGGGUCGACCAUGCAGAGGGCGAGCACAGCAUACCAGCAGAGGGAGACGGGGUCGACCAUGCAGAGGGCGAGCACAGCAUACCAGCAGAGGGAGACGGGGUCGACCAUGCAGAGGGCGAGCACAGCAUACCAGCAGAGGGAGACGGGGUCGACCAUGCAGAGGGCGAGCACAGCAUACCAGCAGAGGGAGACGGGGUCGACCAUGCAGAGGGCGAGCACAGCAUACCAGCAGAGGGAGACGGGGUCGACCAUGCAGAGGGCGAGCACAGCAUACCAGCAGAGGGAGACGGGGUCGACCAUGCAGAGGGCGAGCACAGCAUACCAGCAGAGGGAGACGGGGUCGACCAUGCAGAGGGCGAGCACAGCAUACCAGCAGAGGGAGACGGGGUCGACCAUGCAGAGGGCGAGCACAGCAUACCAGCAGAGGGAGACGGGGUCGACCAUGCAGAGGGCGAGCACAGCAUACCAGCAGAGGGAGACGGGGUCGACCAUGCAGAGGGCGAGCACAGCAUACCAGCAGAGGGAGACGGGGUCGACCAUGCAGAGGGCGAGCACAGCAUACCAGCAGAGGGAGACGGGGUCGACCAUGCAGAGGGCGAGCACAGCAUACCAGCAGAGGGAGACGGGGUCGACCAUGCAGAGGGCGAGCACAGCAUACCAGCAGAGGGAGACGGGGUCGACCAUGCAGAGGGCGAGCACAGCAUACCAGCAGAGGGAGACGGGGUCGACCAUGCAGAGGGCGAGCACAGCAUACCAGCAGAGGGAGACGGGGUCGACCAUGCAGAGGGCGAGCACAGCAUACCAGCAGAGGGAGACGGGGUCGACCAUGCAGAGGGCGAGCACAGCAUACCAGCAGAGGGAGACGGGGUCGACCAUGCAGAGGGCGAGCACAGCAUACCAGCAGAGGGAGACGGGGUCGACCAUGCAGAGGGCGAGCACAGCAUACCAGCAGAGGGAGACGGGGUCGACCAUGCAGAGGGCGAGCACAGCAUACCAGCAGAGGGAGACGGGGUCGACCAUGCAGAGGGCGAGCACAGCAUACCAGCAGAGGGAGACGGGGUCGACCAUGCAGAGGGCGAGCACAGCAUACCAGCAGAGGGAGACGGGGUCGACCAUGCAGAGGGCGAGCACAGCAUACCAGCAGAGGGAGACGGGGUCGACCAUGCAGAGGGCGAGCACAGCAUACCAGCAGAGGGAGACGGGGUCGACCAUGCAGAGGGCGAGCACAGCAUACCAGCAGAGGGAGACGGGGUCGACCAUGCAGAGGGCGAGCACAGCAUACCAGCAGAGGGAGACGGGGUCGACCAUGCAGAGGGCGAGCACAGCAUACCAGCAGAGGGAGACGGGGUCGACCAUGCAGAGGGCGAGCACAGCAUACCAGCAGAGGGAGACGGGGUCGACCAUGCAGAGGGCGAGCACAGCAUACCAGCAGAGGGAGACGGGGUCGACCAUGCAGAGGGCGAGCACAGCAUACCAGCAGAGGGAGACGGGGUCGACCAUGCAGAGGGCGAGCACAGCAUACCAGCAGAGGGAGACGGGGUCGACCAUGCAGAGGGCGAGCACAGCAUACCAGCAGAGGGAGACGGGGUCGACCAUGCAGAGGGCGAGCACAGCAUACCAGCAGAGGGAGACGGGGUCGACCAUGCAGAGGGCGAGCACAGCAUACCAGCAGAGGGAGACGGGGUCGACCAUGCAGAGGGCGAGCACAGCAUACCAGCAGAGGGAGACGGGGUCGACCAUGCAGAGGGCGAGCACAGCAUACCAGCAGAGGGAGACGGGGUCGACCAUGCAGAGGGCGAGCACAGCAUACCAGCAGAGGGAGACGGGGUCGACCAUGCAGAGGGCGAGCACAGCAUACCAGCAGAGGGAGACGGGGUCGACCAUGCAGAGGGCGAGCACAGCAUACCAGCAGAGGGAGACGGGGCGGUGCGGUGGGGCAGGUUUGGAUGUGGGGAGCAGGGGCCAGCACACGGCAGGUGCAGGAGGAGCGAUGAUGCAGAGACGAGCGGGAGAAGGGGGGGGGGCGCACCUGCACGAUGCUGGUGUUGAGCCAAUUGUAAAAGUCAUUGGGACCAGAGAAAGUGUUGGAGGAGUCCUGACUCAUGCCCUGCUCUCAGGCGGGGAGAGACGCACGCAGGGCGGAGGGAGAGGAGAAGUGACGGGGACUCUGGGAGGAGAAGCGGCAAUAGUGGAGGGAACUAGGCAAGGGCACAGCUUGAGUUCUAAUGCACGUUGGUUUGAAUGCAGCUAG